AAGAGGACACCCAUGUUUCUUUCUUUUCCGGAUCUGGCGAUUUGCGAUUUUUCUUUAAGCCCAUCUGGCGUUGAUUAAGGAAGUAGACAAAGGCUUGACAUUUGACCAUUGAUUACCCCAAAGGGUCCCUAGAAACCCUUUGUUUCUAUUAGACAUAGGUUUUAUAGUAAGAUUAAGUAAUCUUUUCAACAAAGCCGCAAGAUGUUUCUCUCCAUUCUAUAAUCAUGUAAUAUAGACAAAGGAAAUGCCAUGAUUUACCAAAGGUACAACUACGGCAAGCAAAAGAAAAAGCUACAGUAUAGCCUUGACUAUACAUCAUUGGAGUAGCAACUCGCAAAUCAUGGCUCUAAGUAUACCCUGGCAAAGUCUAAAUGCUCUCAAAUAUGGACCAUGGUCAAAAGAUCCCCGGAUAUCGGGUCUUACUCCACUCGCUCCCCUUUUUCCAAGGUCGAGAAUUGAUCCAGAAGAACUUGCUCUCAGAAAUCAAAUUGAGGAUUUCCAACGGGAGAAAUUCGAGGGAUUUACUUCAAGAGAAUUGGCGGACAUGGACGUAAUAACCGACAGGAAGCUGAAGGAUUCGACACUAGAUAACCCAAUUAUGCCACUUAUUCGAAUACAGAGAUGGGAACUACGACCUCAUCAACCGGAUUUGACGAGAAAUUCUAUGUAUCCGCUCAUGAUCGAUGGUCAACAGCAUGGUGAUUGGUCAAUGCACAAUCCUCUGGUGUAUGAGAAGAUGAAACCCGUUUUACAAUUGGCUACUAGAACUAUUAUGAGCAUGUAUACAUUACCGUGGGUAGGAACUGAUCUGCUACAAAGCACCUAAAACUCUUUCUCUGUAGCUAACUAUAUUAGUUUGCAGCCCUAAUCUUCGGUAAAAGAGCUCCUAUAAAUCCAGCAAGGGUUCGUCCACAUGAUGAACUUCCGGACAGUGCCGUUUCCUUUCUCCCGUAUGACGCAAGCAACUACGACAUCGUUCGAGCAAAAAUGACACAGGUAUUCCACGACUUAGAACAUAUCUGGAGUCUCAAAUUCGGUUUCAUGGCACCCGGAGAAGAUCCUCGAGGCCCGGAAUACCCCCUUGACCCGGACGAUAAAAUCGAGGAUGAUGUGUAUGGCCUUACCGUAACGAAUUAUGCAUACAUGAUGUACGAUACAGAUGUGGAGAGGUCAUGGAAGCUUUAUAUAUUUCUCAAUUACACACAGCUAGAUUCAUUGUUUAGAAAUGAUUUAACAACCACGGAAAGGAAAACUGUCGAAUGGGCAUCAGCAGUUACACUUGUGCAUGAAAUUAUUCAUGCGAUUAAUUUUGUUUGUCCUAGAAUAGAUGGUUCUCAGGUACAAAAUCCAGAUGAUGAAAAUCCACCUUGGUUCUAUGAUCAGGAAGCAUUGGCAGAGGUUGGAUAUAGUUUUGAGGCCGCUGUGAGUCCUUUAUCUCCUUCUGAUAAUUGAGUUUUGGCCCUAAUAAUACGUCCUAUAGUUAAACGGGGGAACGGUUCGCGCUUUUAUAGAUAAACCGGGAAUGCCAUAUGGUCAUUGGUUUCAGACUGUAUGGCCAACAGUGGAAGGGCAACGCCUAUGUGGUUCUAAAAGUUUGACAUUAACACAACCUGAUCCUUUCACCUACCAAGAAGAAUUUCCCAUACCAGUGUCUUUCUACGAAGAUAUUCAGCAAAAGAACUUCUGGGAAUGUGUAGUACAUAGAUUCGGACACAAGUUAUUUCACUAUCGAUCACUCAGCCACGGGACGCGUAUCGACUUUAAAAUACACCGUAAUAACAAACAAACACCUAUAAAAUUCGCCAUGACAGACAUCGGCGGUAUUGGACCAGCCAAUAACGAUUUUGGUGGUGCUCCUAAGGUUUUAGCCGAUAGAUGGUUGAGCGUACGUCGUAUUCAUGGUAUGGGAACCGCACCCGGGACAUCCAAGCUAGCUAUGAAUUUCGGACAAGCUCUUCUAGAUAGCUCAUUGAUCGACAGUUCCUUCUGGACAAAGUCUCAAAUUCAACGGCAGAGUGUCGAUAUAAUUUUUGAUCAUCUUAGACAGGAGAGCACAUCGAUUGAAGAGACAGUCGCAAGAUUUGGACAUUUGAUUGAUUUCAUAUCAACUAUUUUGCGAAAUCACGAACAAACAAUCGAUGCUCUGUUUGGGAGUGGUCUGGCUGUGCUACGAGGUAUAGAGAUACCGACGGAACAGAGAAGGAAAACUUUACUUUCCUGGAACAGAGGUACAGGAAAAUUCAUCACCGAAUGCGCACAGCAAGAAUACGCUACUCCACAACAAAAACAACAGCUUACGGAAGAAAUGAUCUCAUUAGAAAGAUGUCGCAUGCGACUCUUUAGACCCGAUCUCAUUAGCGAAACCAUAAGGUCUGGACCCGAUUUCGAAGAAUUGAGACUUCUACUUCGACUCAGAGAUUCGUAUCUAAGAGAUCAGGUAGAUGCUUGUGAUGAUUAUUGUAAUCAAUUGGGAAAUAUUGAUGGAUGUUCACUCUUUGCGUCGUUGUGCGCACAGUUUAUUAGGAUUUUGAUAUAUGAGGGGAGUGAAGUCAAUAAGGAUAGAAUUGCUAGUGGUGCUAAGUUGCAGGAUUUGAUCGCCAUUUAUGAAAGGCUGAAAUUUAGGUGUCCGGAGCCAUGGGUUGAUAUGUUUAGGGUUUGGGAUGAGGUGGCGGGGACUGCUUUGAAUAUUAUUAGGCAGGUGAGGGAGAUGUAGGAUGGGUGUGAGAAGUUAAAUUAUUCAAGUGGUUGUGUGGCAUGAAAGUAAAUGACUUCAUGGUAAGAUUUCUGGAAUUCACUUACCGCACAUCAUUCGAAUUCGUGACAAAAUCCCUGCAAAAACUAUAACUUCCCAUAUAAAAUUUAAAUAUUGAAUGAAAUCAUCCAGAAUCUUGGAAUAUAUAAUUAGGUAUUUAAUCAUUGUCAAAAUCAAAUAUUUUAUCCGCAACAAUUUUUGUUUAUAAAGUGGAUUAGAUACUAAGAAUGACUUCAUGUGAUGAAAUGAGCUAACACCUUUGUGAAAUGAAUAUGUUUUCACCAUUGAAAUUGAUUCAAACAAUUUACAAACCCUAUCAUUUCAAUCCAAUUCUAUUGUUAGAAGUUUCUAGUACAGUGAGUUAAUUCUAAAGUAAUAGUAAGGUUUAGAUGUUCCAACUCACCUCGAACAUCGCUAAAGUAGGGGAGCCGAGAAAUGAUCGAUAGCUCCCAUCAUCAUAU